AUGAAUAUUAGUUCGGCUGCUUCAAAUUUGAAGAAAUGUGAUUUAGGUGAUAAUCCAUUUUAUUUAUGUAUAUUAGCAUCUACUAAUUCAGUUGAAAAUAACAAACAUAGAAGACAUCCAUAUUGGUUUACAGUUCAAUCAGAAGAAUAUUGGUUUUUAAUACCAAAUGAAAAAUCGAAAAUUUUAUUUGACUUCCUUCUAACUUGUCAAUUUCAUGGAUACGAGGAUGAUGUUAAACAGGGCACAGAUAUGGAGGUCAGUCAAUUAUCGAUUAAAAGUACUGAAAUCAAGGAUACGAACAAAACCAACACAAUCACCAGCAAACUUCAUUCGAAAUCAUUAGGAAAUUUAAAUUUUUUCAAAUCAUCUAUUAUCAGUCCAGUUUCAAGUGAACGUUUCUGUUUGGAUGAUAGUGGCAGUGAUGAUGUUGGUAAAUUUGAGAAGACACUCCAUCGUCAUCAUAAUCACAAACAUACUCAUCGACAUCAUAAUCAUUGUCAUUUUGUAGUUGUCCCAAACACAUUCGACUGGGUUCUACCGCGUAUCGGUAUUUCAGAUGAUCAUUCUCGCACAUUAUUAAUUUUGAAAAAUCAACAAAAGUACACACCAAAAAUAUCUAGUUAUCAGAAUGAACACGGUCAGCAAAAUUGUCAGUCAAAUGAAUUGAAAGAAUCACAGAACUUAGAACAGUCAACAAAUAGUUCUUCCCUUACGGAUACAACUGAUAUAAGCAAAACAGUAGAAAUUUGUGAUAGUAUACCUUCUAUGGAAGAAGAAAAAGCUGCGUUGCAACUACUGAAACGUGAAACUGUCAACUGGGAAUUGGUUAGUUCAAAAGAAUUGGAAUUGAAAGACUUAGAAGAAGAAAAAAGAAAACAAUUCAUGUUUGACUGUAUAAAAUUGGCAGAACCAGAAUUAUUGCCAAUACCUACUGCAACAUCGAACAGUGAAAUCUUUGAUGUACAUAAAGUUCGUGAUCUUUUACAAAAUUUAACUCCUGACGCUGAAGGUUUAGACUGGAUAUUAACUUACAGUACUUCUGUGCAUGGAUUUAGUUUACGAUCGUUAUAUCGUCGAUGUGCCAAUAGUUUGACAGAAUCUUCAAAAGAUAAUUUACAUGGUACUAUUCAUACAAAAAUGAAACAUACUAUUAUACCGAAUUCACCGCAUGCAUCAAAUCAGCCAUGUAUACUAAUCAUACGAACAUCAACGAAUGAGAUAUUUGGGGCAAUGCUUAAUACACAUCCUUAUCCAAGUAAUGGUCGAUUCUAUGGUAAUGGAUCAUGUUUUGUAUUUCGAUGGAUCAAUACAACUGAUUCAAAACAAGAUCAAUUCAAAGAAAAUAGUAAUUCAAUCAAUGAACAAGAUUCUACAUCUUUAUCAGUUACUUCUAAUAAAUUAAUGAAUAUACCAGUAGAUGUAAACUCUGCAUCAAUAUCAUCAUCGGUAUUAUUAGUAACAGACAAUCAUAACUCUGAUCUAGUCUCAUCUUCGUCAUCAUUGGAUAUGAGAACUGAAACUGUAACUAAGGAAUUCGCGCAUUUAUGUUAUAAUGAUAAAAGAGAAUUUCCAGAACAGGAUAAAAAACAAACAUUCCAAAAAUUUAUAUGGAGCGGUAAAAAUUCCUAUUUUAUUAAUGGUGAUUAUGAUUCACUUACCAUAGGAUGUUCUCAAGGUCAUUCAGCAAUUCAACUUGAUGAUAAUUUAUUACAUGGACAUAGUGUCAAUUGUGAAACAUUUGAUAGUCCACAAUUAACUUUAUUAUCACCAGAUUUUGUGAUUACCACACUUGAAAUAUGGUCAUUUAUUUAA